AACCGAACAGCUGAUAUUGACGCGAGUCCGUGUGUUGCUUUCGAGACAACAAGUGCAGCUCCAGUGUUGAUCUCCAAGUUGAGCGGGGAUAAUGAGUAGAUACAGUAUUCUAUAUUAACGUGAAAAACGAUUCCCGUAUGAAUAAAAGCGAAUACAGACAUGGCAGAAAAUAGCUCGCUGUUCCAGUUAUCCGAUAACCUCUCCGUGCUCUCCGAUGACUCGAAACCCCCGGACACUGGCUUAGGACGUUACUUCAGUAAUACAACCCACACAAUAUUUGACGAAAUUGUCCCAUCUGCAAACCAGGAAGCGAUUCAAAAACCUUCGGUAUCUGCCAGUCCUCGGCCUGCGUUUGACUCAUUUCUUACCUGUACUCCAGCAAACAACUUUCACGAUGACAGUAUAUUGGAAAACUCAGAACAAGUAUCAGACCAUGUCACAGCUAGCGAUGUUCACAGGGAUGCCUGGAUUCCAUCAGACCAAACAAGAAAGGUCUUGGCUUCAAUAGCAACGUCAACACCUGGUAGUAAUUUUCCAGAUCGAGAAAAUCUAACCAUGCCUGGAUUGACGCUCCAGGGAGAUUUGACUGAUGCGAUCAAAGAAGCCUCAAUUCACUUUCUCGGUGAGGACGAAAAUAUUCACCGAAAUGUUUUGACUGUGUCUGACGUUACUCAGGAUGAACGUGGUUUAAGAAACUUGAUUCAGGCUGGGUGUUAUCGAGCAGCUAUCAACCUGACUGGAAGAUUGCUUGGUAUUUAUGGUCAAGGAUUUGGAAAGAUUAAUUAUCCCAGUAAACACACACCCCAUUCCCUGCAGCUAUGGUUUACAAGGCUUGCACUUCUGGCUAAAUUAAAGCACGUGGAAGUUUUGGAAAAUGAGUCUAAGCCUUUUGGAAAUUUAGAUAAACCCGAUAUGUUCUUUACAUUCUACCCAGAACUCUAUGGAACUAAACCUGGAUCCAUGGCCUGUUUUGCAUUCAGAUUACUUCUUGCAGAAAUACCAGCAUACUGUAACAAGCCAAAACUGGCUCUAGACAAUUUAUAUAAGGUCCUGGCAACUGUAAGGCAGAUCGUAAAAAACUUGAAAAUGGGAUUGGGAGAGGAUGGUGGACGAGAUGGUGGACACCUGAAAUUUACAACUACGGAGAGGGAUGAUGCCAUCAGAUUGUGGAUUGGCAGACAAUCCAGAGUGCUGAUUUCCAUCGUCAACUGUGCUUUAACCCUAAAGAAUUAUAUUUUGGCUGUUGAUAUCCUGGAAGCCUUGAGUGAGAACAAUGAUUGGAGUCUGGAACAAAAGCAAAUACUAAAGUCUGCUAUUGGAAGAGUGCUUCUUUUGCUUGGGGAUGUCUCUGCUGCCGAAAAACAGUUUGCAGUUGGCAAAGAUGUUUCAACUGCCAGAGAAUUAACUGACAGAGGCCUGAUGGCUGUUGCUCAAAACGCAUUCCAAGAAGCUUAUAGUUGCUUCAAAAAGGCAUCUACUCUAGAACCAGCCAAUAUUAUGUUAAUUAAUAAUAUGGCUGUCUGCCUGCUGUACAACGGACAACUUCAAGCAGCUGUUCACCUCCUGGAAAGUGCUGUCAUACGAAAUCCAUCCAAAGGAUUACAAGAGGCAUUGCUAUUAAACAUUUGUACUUUGUAUGAAUUACAUACCACACAUAGUAUGCAGCCUAAAUUACACCUACUGAGGCAAUUAAACAGGUACAAAGGAGAUGCUAUAGGUGUGCAAUGUUUAAAAUUAACACUCUGAUGUUAAGUAUGUAAUUAAUUAAAAUUAAUUUGGUAUACAAUAUUGUUUUCCAGUUGUAACUAAUUCAUUGUAAGUAUUGCGAAACUGAAUAAAUGCUGGAAUAUUAAACAUAAA